UGCGAGAAAAGUAGCUCAUCAAAGCGGACGACCCUCCACUUUCUAAAUCCUCCCUUCUAGGGUUUCCACGCUAGGCACACCAUAAGCCAUUUUCCAGCUCCGUAUGAUUAAACGUCUUGUUUUUAGCCGAGGAGCAGUAGCAGCUUAGACAGAAUGUCGACUUGGGCGAAGCCAGCCGCAGGUGUACGGAGGCCGUCCGGCAAUGCAAACGGAAGUGCCCAGCAGCUGCGCCUGUUCCGGAGAGCGGCUCCCUACCCGAGCAGAGAGGAGAGGACCGAGGAGCUAAAGGAUGCCCUGGACAGUUAUGAAGAACUGGAACAGCUUCAAGGCUACUCAAGUGUAAAGUUUGAGGCAUACAAGCCUCAGUCAAGUGUCCUGAACCCUCCGGUGAAAGCCGAGGUUCCAACGCCGGCAGACAGGCGUAAAGCUCUGUACCAGAGGUUCUACAAGCAAGUUCAGGAGGAGAGAAAGCCGGCUGACUGCGUGGUCCUUUCCGUCACUAACAAGUUCCUGGAUUACCCCAAAUCGCUAAGCCAGUGCUUGCAGGAGCGUGGCCUGUCAGUGGAAAUGCUCUACCUUCAAGCGGAGUCGGGCCUGACCCGGGCCCUGCAGGACGUCCGAGCAGACGGCUCCCCGUUAUGUAUACUGGUGGAGCAGAAAAACGUAGCUCUGUCCUCCUGCACUGUUAUCAUAUUCUCUGAGUCCCUCAAAAUCCAUCGCAACAUGCCUAAAGACCAGGCUCUGGACUUUGUCCAAGCUGAGUACAGCCGCGGACUCCUCAAAGAGACCUCACCAAGGGAUCCUGCAGAUAUUGCAGCGCAGGCAUCGCAGCUGCUGGACGACUAUCUGGAUCGAGAAAAAAUUGCACGGCAUACGGUUCCCUCUGAAACCCGACAUCUCCUCUCGCUGUUAGCCGAGGGGGUGCAUCUGUAUAUUGAGGAGUUGGAAACCAUCUCAGAGUACAUCGCUUCCCGGCAGGAGCAUCUGCAAGCUCUGGCCUUAGAUGGUGAGGAUGAUAAGGGGAACAUGAUCCCCCCAGGAUUGGGGAAACCUCCUCCCCUGCUCCCUACUCCACCUGGUCCAGCACAGCCUCAGUCUGGCUCUGUAGCAGGAUCUCUAGGCGAGCACUCCCCUCCUGCAUCUGUAGGUCUGCUGCCGACGCCAGGAUCUUUCCCUAAAACCAAACCUCCUCCGCUCCUCUCUUUGCAUCGGUCUCCUCCUGGCAUGUCGUUAGGACCACUGGGUUCUAGGGUUCCCCUGUCCCCUCACGAUCCGUACGGUCCUCAAGGUUUGUCCCGAGGACCCCUGCUCCACCACGCUCCUCCGCUGUAUCCGGGCCUCAGGGCCCCGCCCAGGCCCAGGGUGGCCCCUCCUUCCCUGAAGGGUUCUCGUCCUCCUCUUCUCUCAACUCCAGUUGGCCCACAUUCCCGAUUGAGUGGACCACGACACUGAAGUCCAGCGCUGCCGUGUAUAAAAGCGUUUUAACAUUUCAGACUUUAGAGCGGGACGUUCCCAGAAGACACCCCUGCUUAAUUUUUCUUUUCUUGUUAACAGUAAUCAAACACAGUAAAUAUAACAAACAUGUAUUUUCAUGUUGUAGAUGUUUUGAUGCAUUUUUAACUUUGUGUCUCUAGCUAAAAUUAGCUGUUGCUGCAUACAGGGCAGUUAUUUUAAUCUACCGGCUGUAUUAUAAUUUUCUGACGGCUGAGCUUCAAAGCAGAAGUCGUAAAUCUUACAGAGCCAACUUUAGCGGCAAUGUUAUUGCUCGUUUUGACACAGGAAAAAAUGUUUGAACAUGACUCUGCUAAAUGUUCUUUGCUCAGAUGAUGAAGGAUUUUCAGGAAUAUUGCAUAUUACUUCAUUUCUGAUGCGUUUCCUUUUAAAUUGAGUUAAAGCUAUAAAUUAGCAGCCCCUCUUAUCACUGCAGCUGUGAAAGGAGACAUCAGGAAUCCAGGUUCUGGAGGCUUUUUCUUUUUUUAGGUUUUUGUUUUGUGCCACUGGACGAAAAACGUUAGACUCUGCGAACCUUAAAAGCAUUUUCUUGUUAAAACUGCUUAUUUGUUCUGUAUUUCUGAUGGUGGUUAAAUCCUGUACAUGGUGUCAUUUUUUUAUGUAAAUAUUGAUCCUCUGAUUAUCUUUAGCUUCAGGUGUUAUUGUUAGUGUUUAAAAGAUGAAAAUCCAUCUUUCAGAGAACAUGAAAGGCUUCAGUGUUUAGUUUAUAAAUGGUUUAUAAAUUGUCAUCUUUAUUUCAAGCAGGAAAUGAUUGAAAGUUGCAUUAUGUAGCAGGCACUUUGUCAGCUAUUCUGUGUUAACUUUGUUUUUCCAAUAAAAGUUUAAGACAUGCCAGCAGAAA